AUGGUCCGAAACUUGGUCCGGUCGCCAUCCCGGGCACGAUCUCUUCAUGCAGCAAUGGAAGAAGUUUUCUCUUCAUCUGUCAAUAAGACGUUGAAUUUUAUAAGCAGUGAUGAAGAUGAAAGCGAUGCUCAAGCAGAACAGGAACAAGAGAAGAAUGACAAAAACAGUGACGAGAAUAACAGUGACAAGACAUGGCUACAGAGUUCCAAAGGGGCGAUGGCUGGAGGUCUUUUUCGCUAUCGCACACGUCGCAUGGAACGGAUGGAUAUGUAUGGAAAAAAGGAUUUGCCGUACCGUCGAUGUACAUUGCAAUCACCUGUUGUGACGCGACAACGGCGAUCCACAUCGCCAAUGUCCCAUAGGAAUUAUCAACUUGCUAAGAGACGUAGUAGUAAAUCGGUCUCUCCGCCAUGUCCGAGUCCUGCGACGUUGCUGAGCAGCAACCUUGGAUCGAAAUUGUCAAUGACGAGUCCAAUGGCGAUACGGUCACGUCCGCAUUUGAAAGUGGUGUUGAAAAGACUCAAUGUUGUAGAUUGUCCGAACCACUUUGUCACUUCGUUUGAGGACUUGCAAACUAUUCGGUGGCUUGGAGCAGGCGUGUCAGCGGAAGUGUUCAAGGUUCGAGACCCAAAGACUGGGGAUUUUUACGCCAUCAAAAAGUCCAAACAAGAGCUUCGAAACAAACGAGAACGAUACCUCCUAACACAAGAAAUUGUCGCUUUAGAAAAGCUAAAUACGUCGCGGCAUAACUUUGACCACAUUGUUCGGUAUUUUCAAGCUUGGCAGGAGGACGGCUUUUUCUUCUUGCAAAUGGAAGUAUGCGAAGGCGGUACGCUGCAAGAAUUCAUGUCAAAGCGAAAUCGAGAGGCACUUCCAGAAAACUACUUAUGGGAUAUUAUCCGAGACGUUGCAACGGGGUUAAAAGUUCUUCAUGAACAUGAUAUCGUUCAUCUGGACAUCAAACCUGACAAUAUCUUUAUUACUGAAGAUGGGAAGCUGAAGAUUGGCGAUUUUGGAAUGGCGGGGAAAGUAGUAGCGUCGACCAAAUCGUCGAGUCGGAUAGGAGACCUCGAAGGAGAUGCCAAGUAUAUUGCCAAGGAACUGCUUUCUAGCGCUGCUCGACUUCCAUCGGCGGACAUCUUCUGUCUAGGUAUCAUGAUGCUGGAAAUCGCUACUGGAGUAGCAUUACCCGAAGCUGGACAGAAGUGGCAUGAUCUGCGAGAAGGCGAGUUGCCUCCUUUUGCUUUAAGCUACACUGAGGGGUUUCGCAAGUUGAUACGACAGAUGAUGGAUCCCGAUGCAACAAAAAGACCCAGUGCAGUUGACAUUCUGAAGAAGUCUAGUGUCCAAACUGCCAAUGAGCCUGCUACACUCAUUCUUGAGCACGCUCUGAAGCAAAAGUUGAUAAUGCCUACGAAAUUGCGCAAUACAAAUUGGUCGGCAAAAAAUAUGAAGUUCAAUUCGACCGUGUCCUCGUCGCGUCGCAAAAGCCGCAAGGCGCACUUCGGUGCCCACUCGACGCAACGUCGUGUGCUUAUGAGUGCACCUUUGUCCAAGGAACUGCAGAACAAGUACAAUGUUCGCAGUCUGCCUAUUCGCAAGGAGGAUGAAGUCAUCAUUGUCCGUGGCUCGCAGAAGUCUCGCGAGGGUCGCGUUACUGCCGUGUACCGUAAGAAGUUUGUCAUUCACGUCGAGCGCGUGGUGCGUGAGAAGGCCAAUGGCGCUUCGGUGCCUAUUGGUAUUGACGCCUCCAAGGUGGUCAUCACCAAGCUCAAGCUUGACAAGGACCGUAAGAAGAUUUUGGAGCGCAAAAACCGUGCUGUGAGCGAGACCGAGAAGGGAAAGUUCACGGAGCAGGACGUUGCCAUGGCUACGGUCGACUAA